CCCAGGUCCGUCCCUGGAGCGGAUACCGCGACGCCGGAAUUAACCCAAAGUUUUGCACAUAAUCGUUCCUUUCAAACCUUGCUUCCUCGAGCAGGGGCUUCACUUUUUCGGCUGUGAAACCGUCCUAUUAUCCCCUAGUUGGGCUGAGCCACAGCAAGCCGUGAAAAAUGGUGAAGUUCACUAUCGAGGAGAUCCGCGCGCUCAUGGACAAGAAGCACAACAUCCGCAACAUGAGUGUGAUUGCCCACGUCGACCACGGAAAAUCUACCCUCACUGAUUCGCUGGUGGCUGCCGCCGGUAUUAUGGCUAUUGAGCAGGCUGGAGACGCUCGUCUCACGGACACUCGCGCCGACGAGCAGGAGCGCGGUAUCACCAUUAAGUCGACCGGCAUUUCGCUCUACUACCAGAUGACCGAUGAGGACUUGAAGAACUUUACUGGCGAACGUGAGGGCAACGAUUACCUUGUUAACCUUAUUGAUUCCCCUGGCCACGUCGACUUCUCUUCGGAGGUGACGGCCGCAUUGCGCAUCACUGAUGGUGCCCUUGUGGUCGUGGACUGUGUUGAGGGUGUUUGUGUCCAGACUGAGACCGUGUUGCGUCAGGCCCUUGCGGAGCGAAUUCGCCCUGUCUUGACUGUCAACAAGAUGGACCGUUGUUUCCUGGAGCUUAUGCUGGAGGGCGAGGAGGCUUACACAACCUAUCUGCGGGUUAUUGAGAAUGCAAACGUGAUUAUGGCUACCUACCAGGAUGACGCCAUGGGCGAUAUCCAGGUGUACCCUGACAAGUCUACUGUUUCGUUCUCCGCGGGUCUGCACGGGUGGGCUUUCACUCUGACGACUUUCGCUCGCAUGUACGCCUCCAAGUUCGGUACUGAUGAGGCCCGUAUGAUUCAGAAGCUGUGGGGUGACAACUUCUUCGACCCGGCCACGAAAAAGUGGACGACUAAGCAGACCGAUUCUCCAUCCUGCAAGCGCGGUUUCGUCCAGUUUAUCUACGAGCCAAUUAAGACCAUUAUCGAUCUGGCUAUGAAGGACGCCAAGGAGAAGCUGUGGCCGAUGUUGGAGAAGCUAAACGUGAUUGGCCGCCUGAAGUCCGAGGAUAAGGAGCUAAGCGGCAAGCCGUUGAUGAAGCGCAUCAUGCAGUCAUGGCUGCCCGCCAAUGAGGCGCUCCUGGAGAUGAUCGUCUAUCACCUGCCUUCUCCCGCGAAGGCGCAGAAGUACCGCGUGGACGUACUGUAUGAGGGCCCGCUGGACGAUCUGUACGCCACUGCUAUUCGCAACUGCGACCCAACUGGGCCACUCAUGUGCUAUGUUUCGAAGAUGAUUCCCACCAACGAUAAGGGCCGCUUCUUUGCUUUCGGCCGUGUCUUUGCUGGCAAGGUCGCAACCGGUGCCAAGGUCCGCAUCAUGGGCGCCAACUACGUCCCGGGCGAGAAGAAGGACCUCUACAACAAGUCGGUGCAGCGCACGGUGCUGUGCAUGGGUCGCAAGCAGGAGGCUGUGGAGGACGUUCCGUGUGGUAACACAGUUGCCCUUGUCGGCCUGGACCAGUACAUUACGAAGACAGCCACUAUCACCAAGGAGGGCUGCGAGGACGCCUUCCCCAUGAAGGCCAUGAAGUUCAGCGUGUCGCCUGUCGUGCGUGUGGCUGUAGAGCCCAAGAACGCGGCUGACCUGCCCAAGCUGGUGGAGGGCCUUAAGCGUCUGGCCCGCUCAGACCCCAUGGUCCAGUGCAUUAUCGAGGAGACUGGCGAGCAUAUUAUUGCCGGUGCCGGUGAAUUGCAUUUGGAAAUUUGCCUCAAGGACUUGCAGGAUGACUUCAUGGGUGGUGCCGAGAUUAAGAUUUCGGAGCCCGUUGUGUCGUUCCGCGAGACCGUCACGGCACAGUCGGACCACACGGUUAUGUCCAAGUCGCCCAACAAACACAACCGUCUAUACAUCCAGGCCCGCCCCAUGGAGGAUGGCCUCCCAGAGGCUAUCGAGUCUGGCAAGGUUGGCCCACGUGAUGACCCCAAGAUUCGCUCGAAGAUCCUGUCGGAGGAAUACGGUUGGGACAAGGAAAUCGCCAAGAAGAUUUGGUGCUUCGCUCCCGAUACGAACGGUGCCAACAUGAUGGUGGAUGUCACCAAGGGUGUGCAGUACCUCAACGAGAUCAAGGAUUCUUGCGUUGCCGCCAUGCAGUGGGCGUGCAAGGAGGGUGUCCUUGCUGAGGAGAACAUGCGCGGUAUCGUGUUCGAGUUCAUGGAUGUGGUGCUUCACACGGACGCAAUUCACCGUGGCGGUGGUCAGAUCAUCCCGACCGCUCGUCGCGUCAUCUACGCCGCCGAGCUGGUGUCGCAGCCACGCCUCUGCGAGCCUGUGUACCUGGUCGAGAUCCAGGCGCCAGAGAAUGCGCUGGGUGGCAUUUAUUCUACCCUCAACACGAAGCGUGGUAUGGUCUUCGAGGAGGCGCAGCGCCCCGGAACUCCGAUGUACAACAUCAAGGCCUAUCUCCCCGUCGUGGAGUCCUUUGGCUUCACGUCGGUGCUGCGCGCCAACACCUCGGGCCAGGCUUUCCCGCAGUGCGUCUUCGACCACUGGGAUGUCAUGCCCAUGAACCCACUGGAGAAGGGCAACCAGGCCAACACCCUCGUCACGAAUAUCCGUACGCGCAAGGGUCUCAAGCCGGAGCCGGCGCCGCUGUCUGAAUACGAGGACAAGCUGUGAGGCGUCUCCUUGAUUUGUCGCAUUUCGGGAAGUUGUUGCGUUCGUUACCGGAUGUCGUACCGGGACGUUGCGCAAGGCCAAAGGCUGUACUCUCCUGGGGAUUAGUAACAGCUACACACCGGAACAUUGGGAUGUGUUAAUAUGGUCGCGCGUUUCGGGCGUUGUCCAGUUGGCUGAUGUGUGACAAUAUUCGGUGGUUGUCCACCGGCGCUGUGUUGUGACCAUUUGAUGGCAUCACACUUGCGCGGUAUUUGUGGCAGGGCUGUGGUUAUUGACUAGGGUAGCAUCUGACAGGUUGGCUUUUGAGUGUGCACCUGGAUUUGUGCAUAUGGAUGCCUUCGUGGAGUUUGACCCCGCACAACUUGCAUUGAAGUCCUAACCUACUGUUUCUUUUGUCUCGACGAUACAGCCGCCGAAUAUCUUGGCCAAUGACGAAGCGAUAGUGCAGGCGGUUGAGCUUUGAUGUUCGAGGCAACUGAAACCGUGCGAGGAGACGUUUUGGACUGUUCACAUUGCGUUUAGGGAGGACAGAUUGUUGGUCGAAAUGUGUAACGCCCGUUAUUGUGA